AUAUAUAUAUAUUUUUUUUUUUUUUUGAUAAUUCUCUGUAUUAUUCUUAAAAUAUUGUAUUCUUUGACCAAUAAUACAAUUAAAAUAAAUAAGUAUUGUUUAUACUAAAUUUAUUUAUAAUUGGCUUAUACAUUUUUUUAAUGAAUUUUUACAAUUAAGUUUCCUUGACAAUUAGAUGUAAAUGUUGAUUUUAUCGACAUUUCAGUUCACUUCGUUUUUUCCCGUGAAAAAUAAACUAUCGUCUUGUGUAAUUAUUAAGAUUUAUUUAAUUAGUUAUUGAUAUGGCAAGUGAAAAAAAUAUUUUUGGUCAAACAAAUGAAUCAAACUUACAUAAGGUCAUACGCAGAGUUGAAGAAAUAUGGAAUCGUCGUUUCAUGCAUUCCAAUUGUGUUUUAAAUAAUACAAAUAAAGGACAAAUAUCAAAAAAGUCAACUAAAGAUGGAAGAAUUAUCUCAAUUAUUAAUAAAAAUAUUUAUCCUAUAAAAAAUUCCAUUAUUCCAAAAAAACGCACGUAUCGAAAAACGAAUAAAAAUGAUAAAAUUAUUCCAGAAAAAUUGAAUAUGAUGCAGCAAAGAGAAUUCGGAACACUUUUUCAGAAUGAAAAAUCUGAAAAAUAUAAAAAUGAAAUUUUAAAUUCAACAGAAAAAAAAAAUAUAGCAAUUUCAAAAGACAAUCCGCUAUUAAUAUCAGCUGAUUUGUUAGAAAAGAGUUUUCAUAAGAAAAAUUUGGAACGCAAAAAAUCCGAAAUAAAAAAACAACUUUUUGAGAUAUCUUCUAAUACUACUGCUCGACCAAAUUUAAAAAGAAAUUCAUCCGAAGAAGAUGAAAAAGUCAUAAAAAAGCCAAAAGUUAGUUCGAAUCCUUUGACCUUAAAUACGCCGAAUGACGUAAAUUGA